AUGGCAAUCCUGUUUCUCGAUCUGCAGAAAAUACUACAAGUAGCAGACUCGGGACAGGCCUUACCCUUAGAAGACAUCUCAUACAAACUUUACAUCAAGUCCGAAGAUGGUGGCAAGCCAGUUGCAUUUGAUAACUGGCUCUGGAUUAAGGCGAACAAGGCUCAACUGCAACGCCAGUCUUUAUUCAUGUUCGAUCAAAACCAAAACGACAUAAGGGAACUUUUACUCACUGCGGCGACUCGAGAUCGCUGGCCUGGCUACAACAACGUUAAAAUUUCUGUGAAACGAUAA